GGCGGGGCGCUCUAGGCCGCGUCUUCCCCGUCUCUAUGACCACAGGAGGCGGCCCGGGCGUCGGGCUCCGGGCGCGCGGCGAGGGUGCGCGUCAGUGUCUCGCGGAGCUGCCCGGGCACCAUGGCCGCCCCGAGAGAAAAUGUCAGUUUGUUAUUCAAGUUGUACUGCCUUACCGUGAUGACCCUGGUGGCCGCAGCAUAUACCAUAGCUUUAAGAUACACCAGGACAGCAGACAAAGAACUCUACUUUUCAACCACAGCCGUGUGUAUCACAGAAGUUAUAAAGUUAUUCCUGAGUGUGGGGAUCUUAGCUAAAGAAACUGGUAGUCUGGGUAGAUUCAAGGCAUCUUUAAGAGAAAAUGUCUUGGGGAGCCCCAAGGAACUGAUGAAGUUAAGUGUGCCAUCGCUAGUGUAUGCUGUUCAGAACAAUAUGGCUUUCCUAGCACUUAGCAAUCUGGAUGCAGCAGUGUACCAGGUAACCUACCAAUUGAAGAUUCCCUGUACUGCAUUAUGUACAGUUUUAAUGUUAAACCGGACACUUAGUAAAUUACAAUGGAUUUCAGUUUUUAUGCUUUGUGGUGGAGUCACACUUGUACAGUGGAAACCAGCCCAAGCUACAAAAGUCAUGGUGGAACAGAAUCCAUUGUUAGGGUUUGUGGCUAUAGCUAUUGCUGUUUUGUGCUCAGGAUUUGCAGGAGUGUAUUUUGAAAAAGUUUUAAAGAGUUCGGACACUUCUCUUUGGGUGAGAAACAUUCAAAUGUACCUAUCAGGAAUCGUUGUGACAUUAAUUGGUGUCUACUUGUCUGAUGGAGCUGAAAUUAAAGAAAAAGGAUUUUUCUAUGGUUACACAUAUUAUGUCUGGUUUGUUAUCUUUUUGGCAAGUGUUGGAGGCCUCUAUACUUCUGUUGUGGUCAAAUACACAGACAAUAUCAUGAAAGGUUUUUCUGCUGCAGCAGCCAUUGUUCUUUCUACUAUUGCUUCGGUGAUGUUGUUUGGAUUACAGAUAACACUCACCUUUGCUCUGGGAACUCUUCUUGUAUGUGUUUCUAUAUAUCUUUACGGAUUACCUAGACAAGACACUACAUCCAUCCAACAAGGAGAAACGGCACCAAAAGAGAGAGUGAUUGGCGUGUGAUUUCAACCUCAAAAUGAUUCUUAUAAAGACUAAAUUAUCUGCAGUAAACUAGAGCCUUAAGUCAAUCCCAGAAAGUAGCAUAGAAACUGGUAUAAGAAUUAAGAAGGGCCGGAGAGAAGAGGAGGGAGUGAGAUGCCUGCUUUGCAGGCAACCCCUAGCACCACUUAGGGUCCCCUGAGCACCAGUGGGAGUACUGAGUACAGACCCAGAAGUAAGCCCUGAGCACUGUUGGAUGUGGCCGAAGAACCCAAAUCACACCUCACCCCAUUAAAACUAAGAAGAAAGCUGAAUGAACUGCUACAAACAUAAUGUGAUUUGUCUGCCUGAGAUGAACCUGUUUUUAGAAUGAAGGAAUUUUAUAAUUGUAUAUAUAAUGUACAUACCAAGUAUGGAGAUAAUGGUAUUUAAAAAAUCAUGUGAUGCUACAAAAAUCAAGUAACAAGAUUUGGGACAAAGUUGUUACAAGUGCCAAAGCCAUUUCUUCUGUACUGUCUCUUGUUCGGACACCAGGGGAGAAGGAUGAUCCCUCCUUGUUCUCAAUUCAUGUACAGUAUUUUAUUCCAGCAGCAGUAAAGAUCUAGCUCUUUUCUUUUCUUUUUUUU